AUGUCUUGUUGGAAGAUAGCAUGUUCCUUUUCGUUGCGAAUUGGUCGUAAACAGCUGAUUUCUUUAUUCAGAGGUAGAUUGGCGAUCAAAAGGAGGUUAAGUUACGUGGUUCUUAGCGAGGGGGAGAGUAAUGGUGUGCCAGUUAAAGCGUGGGUGAAAGGUGUUCCUGUGGAAAAGGAUGCUGCUGACCAGCUUCGCUCUCUGGCCAAAUUGCCAAUAAUCCACUCACAUGUUGCAGCUAUGCCUGACAUGCAUCUUGGGAAGGGAGCAUGUGUGGGAUGUGUGGUGGCUACUGUUGAUGCAAUCAUUCCAGCGGCAGUAGGAGUGGACAUUGGAUGUGGAAUGAUGGCAGUAAGGACAACAAUAACUGCAGAACAACUGCCAGAUUCACUGAAGAACCUUAGGAGGGCUAUUGAGCAGGCUGUACCACAUGGGCGAACCCAUCAGGGUGGUAAAGGUGACCUAGGUGCCUGGAAGGCCAGAGAAAUUCCUGACUAUGUGAUGAAUGAGUGGAAUAAACUAAAAAAAGAAUAUGAAUUCAUCUGCAGUCGCCAGCCAUUGGCCAAGGCACAGAACACUGUCAAUCAUCUGGGGACUCUAGGAACGGGAAAUCACUUUAUUGAGAUGUGUCUUGACGAGGAAAACAGGGUGUGGUUUAUGCUGCAUUCAGGGUCACGAGGCCCAGGCAACAGGAUCGGCACAGUUUUUAUUGAACUCGCCAAGAAAGACAUGAUGAAACUGGACAAGCAAAUUAAGGUUGAUAAAGAUCUCGCUUACCUCAGAGAGGGAACGAAAAACUUCGACGACUACGUAUUUGCCGUUAAUUGGGCACAAAAAUUUGCUCGCCUGAAUCGUAAUUUAAUGAUGACCAAUGUGCUCAAGGCAGCAAAGUCUUGUAACGAUAUGCCGGCCUUCAAUGUGGAUCCGUCCAGCAAGGCUGUCAACUGUCAUCACAACUACGUCAAGGUGGAGACACACUUUGGAAGAGAAGUGUUUCUUACAAGAAAGGGAGCGGUUUCCGCUCGUCAGGGUGAGUUAGGCAUUAUACCAGGGUCCAUGGGCGCGCGGUCGUUCAUUGUCAGAGGCAAGGGAAAUCCUGAGGCUUUUCACAGCUGUAGCCACGGCGCCGGCCGUGUCAUGUCACGAGCCAAAGCCAAGAAAAUGUUCACAAUUGACGAUCACGUGCAGGCGACACGAGACGUGGAGUGUCGUAAGGAUGCUGACGUGAUUGACGAAACACCAAUGGCUUACAAGGACAUCGAUGACGUCAUGGCAGCACAGAGUGACUUGGUGGAUGUAGUUCACACGCUGAAGCAAGUGGUUUGUGUGAAGGGAUGAUGAACGCUGUGAUGAGCUGUCGGGCACUUUGCACUACUACACUGCACGUGACUUGCUGCGGUAGCCUCCUGCGUUAUGCUUCGUAGGUUGUCACGCAAUGUUUCCGUUUGAAAGGAAUGCACGAAGAAAGUCUGGAAAGGUGCUGGUCUAAGCCUGUAUUUUACACGUCAUGUAAUUCUAGUGGUUUGUCAACGUUUAAAUGCAGGCCUCAGAAAAUUUCGUGCGAAGGUUACUAGUAUAUGGUAGGAACGGGACAGAACAUACGCUUUGGAACAUUCACUCAUUGAGAAAGGAAGCUAGUCGGAAAAUUCUGAUGCUAAGCAUUUUAAUAUCAAGUGUAUGUAACGCCAAGUUUAACGCUCGCUUUAGUUAGAAGACGAACACAACUAUCAAGUGAAUUCCUAGGCUAUCGGAAUUGAAUAACAAAUUUGCGACAGGCCGUCCUAUUGGUGAAUAAAUUUUUAGUCAAGUCUGUAACCUAAAGUAAAGUCGCUUAUUGUGAGAACUGAAUUACAUAAAUGGAACACGAUCUAAAGCCCGGUUCAGACGUCGCACUUCGGCCGCGCCGAAUCGAAUUCAACGAUAGGCGACCUAAUUUAGUUAAUCCUGGCUGAAUUGAUUUAGGCCCAGUUCAGACGUCGUACUUCCGCCGAGCUGAAUAAAAUUCAACGAAUUAAGUUCAUGUGAAGUACGGCGUCUGAAUCAAUUCGGAAUGGCUGAUUUAAUUUAGAUUGGAUCAGUCAAUUAAUCCCGCCCGGCUCAGCCGGGAAGAAAGGCUGUAGGCCGGUUUUGAUUCGGACGCCGUACUUCAACUGAGCCUAACCAAAUGCAAAAAAUUAUUUUAAUGUAUUUUUCAUGCUGUUUUUACUCGAGAGCAUGUGCAAAGUAGUGUUUUGCCCGGCUUGGCGGGUCAAACUAGACGAUGGUGGCAUGUGUUGUUAGUGUUUCGGCUGUAUUGACGCGUCGCUACCACUCGAUAAUGCAUGACCAGAAGGAGAGUGAGUGCACAUACGGUUAUCACUUGUCUUCUUCUUCUGGCUACAAAAUAGGCUAAGGGUGCGUUCCUUUGGGAGAAUCCGGAUCCGAUCUAAAUUAAAUCAGCCAUUCCGAAUUGAUUCAGACGCCGUACUUCACAUGAACUUAAUUCGUUGAAUUUUAUUCGGCUCGGCGGAAGUACGGCGUCUGAACUAGGCCUUAGAGUGACAUUUUACUCAACACAGGCAGACCACACUAUGUGUUCUUGGUUAAUAAUUGACACGAGACGAACAAAAUUUGAAUAUCUCAAUAAAAUUACAUGAAGUGUCAAUCGACUCAUUUUUGGUAUUUUGCGCAUCUUUUUACGAAAUUGCUUUUCUCAAGGUAGGAGACAUUUUCUGUAGUUUGGCGUUAAUUCUAGUUUGGAGUGGAAGCGGUCGCGGCUGGCGACCAUCGAGUUGCAAGUCAUGUCUCCUUUUCUUCUCGACGGCCUCCGGCCCAAAAAAUAAUUUCGUAAAAAGUAGCUUGAAACGGCCCAUGAAAGUGAAAAAAAAAAUACCACAAAUGCGUUGAUUAACACUAACGUUAUUGAGAUACUAAGACCCAGAUGUAAUUUCGAUAGGCAAUUUUCAGAGUUUAUUCAUAACCCUUAUAGAUUUUGUUCGUUUGAUAUCAACAAUUAUUAUAACCAAGAACACAUAGUGUAGUCUGCCUGUGGACUCAGUUGUAAAUAGACCGCUCUUCGAUUGAUGAUUGUCGUAAAACCAAAACCAAAGUUAAAACAACAGCCACUCGGAAGAAAAUAAGAUACCGUGACGAGCCAAUAGAAAUCCACAUUAAAAUGACGCAAACCGCCCAUGGAGCGCGGGAAAACGCGGGCGACCAAGUCAUAAUUGGUGUUAGUUUUGAAUUCAAUUGGUUGAUGGAGUGGCACGAUUUUUCUGGACCAAUCACAGAGCAAAGUAGAGCAAAACUUAAAACCAAUGCAAACCGAUUAUUUUCGACACUUAAUUGGAAAUUUCUCUUACUUACAUCGAAAGGAUUAAACAUUCAAAACUGAGCCAGGAAGUUUUAGUCUUAUGUAUUCACAAAGUUUCUGAUUUACCGGAAUAAGCAUCAGAUGGAGUCGUUAUCAGUAUGGCUCAUAUCUCAAUAUGUUUGAGUGGGAGGGAAAUUAUUUCUGGUAAUUAAAAUACGUAGAACAACUUGAUGGCUUAAUUUAUCAAUUAUUGAACCUGCAUACGCUCUCGGAACAUUUUUCUUUCAUACAAAGUAUAUGGAAAAAAAUUUGCCUUAUACAA